GUUUAUUUCAUUUUUGGGAUAAACUUUGGUACACAUAAACUGAUGACGUUUUAGUCCUUUCACGGCGGCCAUAACAUACCUCGUGGGCUACGCGAGUAUGAUCAUGAAUCCAGAAAAAUUAAAACAGCUCCAAGAGCAAGUACGAAUAGGAGGAAAGGGUACUGCAAGGAGAAAGAAAAAGGUCGUCCACAGAACUGCCACUACUGAUGAUAAGAAGUUGCAAAGUUCACUUAAGAAACUCUCUGUAAAUAAUAUACCAGGAAUUGAAGAGGUUAACAUGAUAAAAGACGAUGGUCAGGUGAUACAUUUUAACAAUCCAAAAGUUCAAGCAUCUCUGGCUGCCAACACUUUUGCUGUCAGUGGACAUGCAGAAAUGAAGCAAAUAUCGGAAAUGUUACCUGGAAUCUUAAACCAACUUGGUGCCGAAAGUUUAAGUAGUUUAAAGAAACUUGCUUCUACUGUAGCAGGUGGGGACUUUUUGCGGGGAGGAGAUUCCAGUAAACCAAACACAGAAGAUAUAGAUGAUGAUGAUGUUCCUGAACUGGUGGAAAACUUUGAUGAGGCUUCAAAAGGAGAAGGGGACUAGAAGUUAUCAUUUCUACAUUAGAUGUUUUGUAAAAUUUGUUUUUCAUACUUGACUGCAAUCGGAGAGACUGAGAGUGUGUAUUUAAGUGAUAAGUUCACUGUGUGCAAGAAUACUCCAUCCCCCUCAAUACAUACAGUUAAUAUAUCACAAUAAGAACAAAUUUUAAAACUGAUUUUUACACAAAAAGAAGAAAAAUUAAAUCCGAAUAACUUACAAAUUGGUAACAAGUAAUUUAUAUUUAUAUAUUAUCUGAUCUAUCACAAGUGAUAUUGAGACUUCUCAUUUUAGACUCAAGCUUCAAACUUGUAUUAUUUACAUUGUUGAUAGUUGAAUGUAACGUGAUGAACAUCGUUGUCUAUCCUCACGUAUGUUCAUUUAUCUGUAAAAUAAAACUUUUUGGUAA